AUGGCAAACACCAUAAAGAUUCUUGAGAAAAAACAGAACCCGUUACUCGACAGAAUGGAGCUCUCUCUCUCGAUAUACCACCCCACGUGUGGAACCCCAGACAAGAAAGACGUAGCUAAACUCCUGAGCGAGCAGCUAAACUCUUCCAUUGACAACAUAAUCGUGCGAGACUGCUACACAAAGUUUGGUACCCACAUCGCCACAGCAACUGCGAAGAUCUACAACAAGAAGUCCAGCCUGGAGACGAUAGAGCACAAGUUCGUCCUAAACAGGAUCCAGAAGGAGAAGGGCGGAAAAGAGUCCACGAGACUCCCUAGAAAGCUGAGAAAGGAGGAGAAGAACAAGAAGAAGAAGAUCAGAGGAACUCUCGCAGCCCUCCAGAAGAAGGCAGAAAAGAGGCAGCAAAGAGGUUAA